AUGCAUCCGACGGCUGAUCUCCAGCCGUUCGAAGAAGAGCCGUAUCACCUGCAGAACGCCGCCGGAUCCGUAAAGGUCUGGCAGAACUGCCAGAAGACGCGAACCUGGCAUAGGCCCUGGACAUCCAUAAAGAUGUGGAGCACCACGCUGGUGCAACUCAUGUACGAAGUUGAAAAUGCCGCCCUUCGGCUAGUCAUGUGCAAGAUCACAGGCGAGGUGAUUUCCAAGAUUACCAUCCCACCUGACACGAGAUGGAAGGAUGCCCGGAUGCAGAUGGCACCGGGUCUUCGGCACCUCCUCUCCAAGUCAAAGCUUGCCUUCGUCUCGCCCAGGGGAGAGCUUCUGACAACAUCUGAUGAUGAGCGGUCCAUUUCGGACAUUCUCGGCUGCAGUGGCCUCCUGAUGGAGGAGAAGUUGCAAAUAUCAUCCUGA